AUGCAUGUUUGUCCGAAUAUCUACCGUGAUCGUAUAAUUAAUAAGUUAUGGGAAGAUGUAUUUUUAGAUGUUAGUCCUGCGAUUUAUAUGCGAACAGGCGAAAUAGAAAAUAAUGAUCGAAAAAAUCAGAAAGAUUGUUCAAGACCAACAGGACAACAAAGAGCAAUUGGAUGGUUCCAUGAUGCAAUCUUAAUGAUGAAAUUUUUGAGUAAGAAAUUCAAAUUGGUUUUGGUGAGGUUGUUGGCAAUCCAUGUAAACAUGAUGAUUGAUUCUAAGAUGAAUGAAGACCGGGAAAACGAUGCAACUAUCCCUUUACAACUUGCGAAAUUAUUGUUGGAAAGACAAAUUCAACAGGAAGAUCUUAAAAAACUAGAAACGUUUGGUAUACUUGUAUACAAGAGAGACUUCUUCAUAUAUUCUACUCAUUGGGUAAAUGGUCUUUAUCUAGUUGACCAGGUUAAUGGUUUUACUAUUCCUAACACUGCCAAUCAAUUAAAUGAGCUUUCGAUCAUAAUUAACGUGAUGCUGGAAUUUAAGUAUCGCGUUAUAAACCUUAAAAAUCAUAUUAAUUCACUUCUGAAAGACAAACCUAAGUUUUUUGGAUAUCGCAAAACUAUUGGUGAAUUGGCUGUGGAUAGUUCACAAAUCACCGGUCUAGAAUACA